UUGCAGUAGUAUGCAACAUGACCAGUUGAAUAUCAAAAGCAGUAUAAAUAUAAAAACGCAUUAUAAAUAUAAAGACUGCCAUUUCUUGUCCACUUGUUAAAAAAACUGGCAACCAAAUAGCACUUCUCAUUUCCCGAGGAUUGCAUUUGAAUUAGCAUGUGCAAGUCAUAUCUAGAACUUAGAUUUCCAGUAAUGUUCUUUAUUCAAAGAAAAAUAUUCCUUUAGAAGUGGAGAAACUGGAAAUUAUGUAUACUAGAAAUUAUAUAUAGUAACUGGAGUUAUUAUAUAUGAGGGUCUGAGAGUGCUUGGGUGGUAAAGCAGUCAUGUGCACUUUUCUAAUAUACACACCAGUAUAAAGAAACUCUAUUUUAAAGGGGUUUCCUCUCCUUUCCUCAGUGUGUGUGUGUGUGUGUGUGUGUGUGUUUGUGUGUGUUUUACUUUUCUCUUUGGAAUAUGUUCCCUAAUGUGAAAAUCUUCCAAGUGGCUACUGUUGGAGUUCUUCAGGAACUGGUUUUGUUAAGUGUUUCUCAUGGUCACUAAGUUAAGUUUCCUUGCAAAUUCUCUUCAAUGAUACAAGAUUUGUAUCUUUCUUUUUUUUUUUUUCCUUAAAGAGUUGGUGUACAGGUCCUUCCAGCUUUUAUCUGUAAAGUUUAAUUUUAAUCCUAGAGAUGAUCAUGGAUUUGAACUCUCUAAUCCCAGAGAAUUAACUUAUUUUAAUAGACUGUUGAUUAAGAGGGAAUAGAGUAGAAGUGAAUUUCCACUAGAAGAUAAAGAAUCCUAGAGUGCAUCUAAUAGAAAUUACCAUUAGUAAAAAAAAAAAAAAAAAAAAAAAAAAAAAACUCUGUCCUAUGGCUAAUUCAAGUAAAGCCAUUCUUAAUAGCAUUAAGACAAAGAGAGCAGUAUACCUGUUAUAGACUAAAGUUCUAAAGGGACAAUUGUAGAUGUCUAGAAAAUUGACUCCUCAUCCUGAGAAUUUUCUGUCAACCCAUGACUACAGAAGUAGCAGGUUUUCUUCAGGCAUUCAAUUAUAUUCAAUAAAUACUUUUUUAACUCAAACCACUUAGAAUUCUUGAGGACAGGGUUUUUUUUUCUUGCCUCCAGAGUUAUUGUUGGGACUCAGUACAAAUACACUGCUCCUGGAGGCCACCUUUUCCAUUUUUUUGCCCUUGUUAUUGUUGCUGUUGUUGGAUAGGACAGAGAGAAAUCAAGAGAGGAGGGGCAGACACCUGCAGACCUAUUUCAUCACUUGUGAAGUAACACUCCUGCAGAUGGGGAACCAGGGAUUUGAACCAGAAUCCUUAGGCUGAUCCUUGGCGCUUCGUGCCAUGUGUACUUAACCCACUGUGCUACCGCCUAGCCUUUUUUGUUUUUUACCAGUAUAGUGAUCAGCUCUGGCUUAUGGUGGUGCUGGGAAUUGAGCCCAAGUUUUGAGACUUAAACAUGAAAGUAUUUAAAUGAAACCAUUAUGCUGUCUCCCACACCCCAGAACUAUGUUUUUAAAUAUCCUCCCUUGUGCAGCCCCCAUGGCACUCCAUCAGCAGCACUUCUCCACUCCUGCUAUUCCUCCCCAGGGCUCAGACACCAUGUACUCGUGGGCCCUCUGCACCCUUUGUGCCUCCCAGCAGAACCUUUCCUAACUGCCCCUGGCUUUCUGCAACAUCCUUAGCUUUCAGGGAUGAGCCAGUCCAGAGUAGGGUCUCUGUUCACAGCUACUUAGUAAAGCUCAUGAGAAAAAAUGGUACCUGGAAGCUGUGAGCCAGACCAAAGACCACAAAUAAAAGACUCAGAUAAAACUAGUUUCCCCUCUUAAGCCCACAGGUCCUGGAACAUGGGAUACAACCAGGCCCAGAAAGGAGAGGAAGGAGCAGGAGCUUUUGACCCAAAGUGUCUACCGGCUGUGCCUGGUCUGAGCUUGGACAAACUUACAAAUGCUGAAAGCUGAAGGCUCUGCCCCUCUGAACAUAGUGAAAGUUGCUGCUACUCCCACAGACUAACAGAGAAGACCAUGGAGACUCAACCUUGUGGCACAAGGAGAGAGAACGAGAGAUACAGAAAGAGGGAGAGACACCACAGCAGUGAAGCACAGUGAAGUGCUGUGGGAGCCCAGUUUACCCCUGGAUCACAUGCAGGGCACAGCAGGUGCACUACCCAGGCUGCUCCUGGCGGCACGGGCAGCCCCACACGAGCCCGGCGAUUGUCCCUGUGCAGAACAUGGACUCUCCCGAAAAGGCAGCUCUGCUGGAGAAAAGGCCCAAGUCUAUGGCAGAGCGCUCUGUGUCUGGAAACCUGCUUCUCCGCUCCGAUCCUGCAAGCCAUCCAUGCGUACCGCAGCCUUAAGAGCGCAGCAAGCACUUCCGCCCUCUCUAAGCGAAGGAGUCGCGGGGAUUCUGGGAAAUGUAGUCCUGCAGCGCCGCAGAAUGACAACUUCCGGCUCACGAGGCUUGGGCAUCGGCCCUGCCCGCCCGGGAUGUUGGGAAAUGUAGUCCCAGCGGCAUCAGCUGUCAGAGGCACUUCCGCCGCAACUGCGCCGGGCCGAGGCCUUCGCGCCUCCCAGAAAGGUCUCUGCCAUUCCCCUAGAAAAAGAAGAGAAGAUGAUCAAGUUCCAGGAGGCGGUGACCUUCAGGGACGUGGCCGUGGUCUUCACGGAGGAGGAGCAGGGGCUCCUGGACCCCACCCAGAGGCAGUUGUACCGGGACGUGAUGCUGGAGAACUUCCGGAACCUGCUGUCUGUGGGGGCUCAGCACUUCAAACCAGAGCUGAUAUUCCAGUUGGAAAGCGAAGAAAAGUUCUGGAUGGAGACAGAAGCCCAAAGACAUGGGUGUCCAGGACCCAAGAAUCAACAUGAAAUGGAGAACAUUCAAAAAAUGAGAUUAACCUACAUUUCCCCCAAAGAGUCUUCUUCUUGGCUGGCCUGUCUACAAGGCACAGACAGAUUAGCCAGGUGUCAAGAUCCCAUGAGAGAUGUCCAAAGCAUUCUUUCUCAGGUCCAGAGUGAAGGUGCUGCCCCCUGCCCAUAUUGGGCAGGAUUUCCAGUUCAGAUUCCAGGAGAUGAGAAUUACCUCUCGACUCAUAAAGGAAAUGGUUUCAAUUAUGUAAAAACUCAAGAAUUUUCAUGUUGGAGGGUCCAGCAUGCUGGGAGGAAAACAUGGCCAACCGAGGCACAGAAUCCUCAGUGUCCAUGUCAGCCAAAUCUCAUGAAAACAGAUUUCUGUAAGUGUGACAACACUGGUUGGGCCUCACAUCACAACGAUAACCUGGGAGUAGACAGAACAAAGAAAAACAGUAGUUGCUAUGACUGCGGAGAAGACACCGUGCGGGUUUCACUGUCCAGUCAUGACUUGAUUCCAAGGGGGCAAGAGCCCCGCCUAUGGGACAAUUGCAGAAGAGCCUUCAGCCGUGACUUCGGCCUGGAAGUUCAGCGGCAGCUCCCUUUAGAAGGGAAGCCCCCUUCAUCCUGUCCAUGGCAAAAGGUCUGUAGUCGUAGUUCAGAUCAUUGUAUUCAUCCUAGCGUGCAGAGAGGGGGUGAUUGUGUUUGUGGGAGCUCACACCUGCAAUCCUGUCAGAAAACGCAGACAAAGGAGAAGCCGUGUACGUGUGAAUGCGGCUGGAACUUCAGUCUCUGUUCCUCCCGCAACACUCAGGAGCAUGCUCCCCAGGGAGAGAUGCCUUCCAGGUGCAACACUCAUGAGAAAGCUCUCAGCCACAGCUCAGACCAUCAUCGAAAUUUUAGGGUUUGUGCUGGGGGAGAACCCCAGGAAUACGAGCAGAAUUGGAAUAUCUUUGAUCAUCAGAGUUCUUGUAUUCAAGUUCAUCAGAAAAUACACAGUGAAGAGGAACGGCACGCAGAUGUGGAAUCAGAUGUUAACAUUCAGCAGAGCUUCCACAGGGCAGAGAGUCUCUGUAAUUCUAUGGACUGUGUCAAUGGUUUCCAUCUGCCAUUACAACUUCCGGACCUUCACAUAGUCCACACUAGGAAACGGCAUUAUAAAUGUGACACGUGCAGUCAGAAUUCAUGUCUGCAAGGCCACCAGAAAGUACACAUUGAAGCGAGACCUUAUAAAGAGUGUGGGAGUGUCUUCACUUGGAAUUCAAAACAUGAAGAUCGCCAGAAAGACCACACAGGAGAGAAGCCAUAUAAAUGCUCCGUUUGUGGUAAAGGCUUCAGUCACAGAUCAGUUCUGAACAUUCACCAGAGGGUCCACACAGGAGAGAAGCCUUAUACAUGUGAGGAAUGUGACAGAGGCUUCAGUCGGAGUUCAUACCUUCAAGCCCACCAGAGAGUCCACACUGGAGAGAAACCCUACAAAUGUGAGGAGUGUGGGAAAGGGUUCAGUCGCAAUUCCUACCUCCAAGGCCACCAGCGAGUCCACACAGGAGAGAAACCCUACAAGUGUGAGGAGUGUGGGAAGGGCUUCAGCCGGAGCUCACACCUCCAAGGCCACCAGCGAGUCCACACAGGAGAAAAGCCAUUCAAAUGUGAGGCGUGUGGGAAGGGCUUCAGUUGGAGCUUUAAUCUGCAGAUUCACCAGAGGGUACACACAGGCGAGAAGCCCUACAAGUGUGGAGAGUGUGGGAAAGGCUUCAGUAAGGCCUCUACUCUCCUGGCCCAUCAGAGAGUCCACACAGGAGAGAAGCCGUAUCGCUGUGAAGAGUGCGGGAAGAGCUUCAGUCAGAGAUCUUACCUGCAGAGCCACCAGAGCGUUCACACUGGUGAGAGACCUUACGUGUGUGAGGUGUGUGGGAAGGGCUUCAGCCAGAGAGCCUACCUUCAAGGCCACCAGCGAGUCCACAGCCGAGUGAAACCAUAUACAUGUGAGAUGUGCGGGAAGGGCUUUAGUCAGAACUCACGUCUUGAGGCACAUCGGAGGGUCCACACUGGCGGGAAACCCUACAAGUGUGCAGUGUGCACAAAGGGCUUCAGUGAGACUUCCCGCCUCCAAGCUCAUCAAAGGAUCCACACAGAAGGGAGACCCUACAAGUGUGAACAGUGUGGGAAGGGCUUCACGGGGCUCUCCAGUCUUCAGGCCCAUCACCGAGUCCACACUGGGGAAAAACCAUACACAUGUGAGGUGUGUGGGAAGGGCUUCAGUCAGCGAUCCAACCUGCAGGCCCACCAUAGGGUCCACACAGGAGAGCAGCCCUACCAGUGUGACGUGUGUGGCAAGGGUUUCCGUUGGAGCUCAGGCCUCCUCAUUCAUCAGAGAGUCCAUAGUGGUGAUAAACUGUAUAAAAGUGAAGCGUUUGGUAAAGAGUACCCUUCAUCAGAGAAACCCCACAGAAACGAAGUUCUGUAAAAGAAUGUUGUGUCCUAUGGUGGAAGCUCAGUUUCCAUUCACUAGUAUCCAUGCGGUAAGCAAAUCACUUUCUCCAUGAAGACGGAACGUUUCUGCCCAGCCUCGGCAUUCGCAAUCAUCAGUGAGAUCUCGGGAGAGGGGUCCCGUAAGGGGUCCUGUGAGAAUGUAACGUUGGUCCUUGCACCAGGGCUUACAAAAUUUACACAUGCCUGCCUGUGCCUCAGUGUAAGUGCACUAGAAUGUCAGCUUGAUAAGAGAAGGGACUUCACCCGUUGCUAAGCAUACAGAACUGUGGCAUUAUAGGCACUCAGGACUUUUGCUAAAGGUCUAAAAGUGUGUAAAAGGUAUGUUAGAAAAUCGCAUUAACCCCACCUGCGUGGGGGAAGCUUCACAAGUGGUGAAGUGGGUCUGCAGGUGUCUCUCUCCUUCUCUGUCUCCCCCUCCUCUCUCAAUUUAUUUCUAUCCUAUCCAAUAAAAUGGAAAACAUGGCUGCCAGGAGCAGUGGAUUCAUAGUGCCAGCACCAAGCCCCAAGGAUAACCCUGGAAGCAAAAAGAAGAAGAAAAAAACUAUAUUAAGCCAUGCUCCAAAUUAUUACUUUCUUGUCACCAGGGUGGUCUUUGGGACUUGGUGCCUGCACUAUGAAUUCAUCUUUCCCAGCAGUCAUUUUUACAUUUUUUUUUCUUUUCUUUUUACUUGAUAGGCCAGAGAAAUUGAAAGGAGAGGGAGUGAGUAGAGAGAGAGAGAGAAACGCCUGCAGACCUGCUUCACCACUUGUGUAGCUUCUCCCCUGCAGGUGAGGACCAGGGGGUUGAACCCAGGUGCUUGCACAUGGUAAUAAGUGAGCUCAAACAGAUGGGCCACCACCUGCUCCCUAAAUUAUUUAAAAGUGUGUUUAUUUUAUUUAAUUUAUCUGGGAUAGAGACAGACAUUGAGAGGGAAGAGGAAGACGCCACAGCACUGCCUCACCACUUGUGAAGCUUCCCCCUCCUUCCGACCUCCUCACAUGGGAACUGGGGGCUUGAACCUGUUUCUUGUGCUGUGUAUGCUCAACUAAGUGUGCCACCAUCCAGCCUCAUGUUUGAAAAAAUAUAUUUUUAAAUAUUUAUUUAUUCCCUUUUAUUGCCCUUGUUUUAUUGUUGUAGUUGUUAUCAUUGUUAUUGAUGUCAUCAUUGUUGGAUAGGACAGAGAGAAAUGAAGAAAGGAGGGGAAGACGGGGUGAAAGAAAGACACCUGCAGACCUGCUUCACCACUUGUGAAGUGACUCCCCUGCAGGUGGGGAGCCAGGGGCUUGAACCGGGAUUCUUACGCCGGUCCUUGUGCUUUGUGUCAUGUGCGCUUAACCUGCUGCGCUAUCGCCCGACUCCUAUGUUUGAAAAUAUUUAACUAAGCAUGACAAUGACCAGUAAGCACAGAGACCAGUAUUGUAUUAAAGAAAUUUAUUAAGAGGAUUCAGGGUAAACUUAUUUAAGAGAGCAACUUAAGUUCUAGCAGAAUUAUUCAAAAGAUUUGGAAAAGGACAGGAAAAGAAGAAUACAUGACCCAAACCUGCACCCCUGGGGGGUGGGUGAAGGCUCAGUGCCAACUGCCCACAACACCAAGAAGCAAGGGACCCAGAGUGUCUGCUUUGCCAUGCACACAACCCAGCUUUGGGCCCUCAGUACAACACCAAGUGGGGGAAGCUUCCGAGUUGUGGAGUCUCUCCCUUCUCCCCCUUCUCUCCCUUUUUCAAUCUGAAAAAGCCCACAGUGGUGAAACCUCAGCAAUGACAAGACAAAGAACAACCAAGUGUGUUGAAAGGAAGAAUCGUGCAAGCCACCUUAAGAUAGCACUUCCGGUAAACACACACUUUACACACAUGUAUCAUCAAAGCAGUACUGUGAUCUGAAACCACUUGAAUGUGUUUAGAACGCUUUUGCGAUGGGCUCUUCUUCCUGUGUUGUGUUGAGCAGAGAAGUGUGGAGGUUUUCAGCCUUUGUUCCCGACAGUGGGCAGUUGGCUUAGGUGCGGCUGUGUGUGCUCACUUUUAGUAUCUCUGUCUGACUUUGCAAGAAUGGAACACGGCAUCUUACAGAGUGGGACUUUGACCACUGGCUGGUUAAGACAGUUUUGCUGUGUCAUUUGGGUAGUGUCCAAAAUGGCAGCCAAGGAAGAAUAUUUUCCUUAAUAAAUGUCAAAAUUAUAAUUCUCAAA